AUGCUCCGCACCGUCUCGCCAAUAUGCUGGCGAUGCGCAAGCAGGACCCUCAAGUCUCCAUCUGCUACCGCAGCAGACCUGCCGUCGGCGUGGAGAGCCUACUCGACGCGGACGAUUAGAUACCAGGGAUCGAGCAGAAGCGUUGUACAGCACGCCAGAUUUCAGACAUCUUCGAGGAAUGGAAUACGAAACUACGCCAGCUCGGCCUUCGAACAGCUCAAACCUCCCUCCCCGUCUGCCCUCGGCGCACCCACCAGAGCAAAGACCUACCCCCGAACACGCAAAUGGCUGCGUCGCUUGAUUCGCCUCGCCAUCGCAGCAGGUGUGAUAUACGCCCUCGAUACCCAGUUCUAUGACUCCUGUCUUACACGAAGCGUCCGAACCUUCACCAUCGGCUUAAUCACUGCCCUUGAUUACAAGCUCAACUUUCGCCCCGACCCAUGGAUCGGCGACAGCAUCGCGGACUUGCAUGCACGCAGCGCUCAGAGAGUGUUUGAUCUUCUGCGCGAAAAUGGAGGCUUAUAUCUCAAGAUCGGGCAGGCGAUAGCGAUGCAGAGCGCGAUUCUGCCGCCGGAGUCCCAAAAGAUGUUCUCGCGGAUGUUCGACGAUGCGCCGCAGAAUGAUUGGAAAGAGGUUGAGAAGGUGAUUCGGGAGGAUUUUGGUGGAAAGAAUGUGGAAGAGGUGUUUGGUGUGAGCUUUGCCGGGGAGCAGGAUAAGGGAGUUAUGGAGAGGACGGCGAGGGCGAGUGCGAGUGUUGCGCAGGUACACUGGGCGAGGUUGGCGGAUGGACGGGAGGUUGCGAUUAAGAUCCAGAAGAAGGAGAUUGCCAACCAGGUGGGUUGGGACCUGUGGGCUUUCCGUGUGGUGAGCCGGAUAUACUCGUGGUGGUUUGAUUUGCCGUUAUACCACCUUGUGCCGUACGUCUGCGAUAGACUCAUGGCGGAGACGAACUUCGAGCUGGAGGCGGAGAAUUCGAGGAAUAUGAGGAGGCUUAUUCAAGGGGAGUCGAGGUUGAAGGAUCGAGUCUAUAUUCCGGAGGUCUACCCUGAGCUGAGCAGCAAGAGAGUCAUGACUGCCGAGUGGAUUGAAGGAAUCAGGCUGUGGGAUAAGGAAGGGGUCGAAGGAAGCUGGCAGGGUGGAUGGCGAAGAGGCUCACCAGGCGCAGGAGGAGCUCGUCUCGACCCACCACCGCCCUCCAUCAGAGCCUCCAUUCCCUCCAACAACCCCCUCAACGAAAACGUCAAACCCACUCGCGACGCCUGGCGCGGCACCGACAAACAAGGCGGUCUAGGCCUCUCCUUCAAACCCAUCAUGCAAACCAUGGUCGAUCUCUUCUCCGCGCAAAUGUUCCUCUGGGGUCUCGUCCACUGCGACCCACACCCCGGAAACAUCUUCAUCCGACGCCUCCCCAACGGCAAGCCCGAGCUCGUCCUCAUCGACCACGGCCUCUACAUCCAAAUGUCGCCCAAGUUCCGCAAAGAAUACGCACUCUUCUGGCGCUCCCUCAUGACGUUCGACAACGAUACCAUCGCGCACAUCACCCGCGACGAAUGGGGUAUCAACGCGCCGGACAUGUUCGCCUCGGCGACGUUGAUGCGUCCGUACGAAGGCGGCGACCACAAAGUCAUGGACGAGAUUCGGAAGAUGAGCAAGAAGGAGCAACGCCAACGCCAGUACGAAAUGCAGCAGCAUAUGCGGAAAUCCGUCCGCGAGAUCCUCGCCAACCAGGAGAAGUUCCCCCAGGAGCUCAUCUUUAUCGGACGGAAUCUGCGUAUCGUGCAGGGGAAUAAUCAGUUCUUGGGCAGUCCUGUGAACCGCGUGAAGAUCACGGGAUACUGGGCGAGUCGAGCGUUGGCGGAAGAUCGCAGCGCGAGUGUGCAGGAGAGGUGGAGGGAGUAUUUCCGGCAUUUGCUGUUCAGAGUUGUGCUGUUGAGUACAGACUUGGUAUUCUACUGGAGUAAAUUCCGGCAGGCGGUGGGGGUUGGCAAGGGGAUGGACGAUGAUAUUGAGGCGGGGAUGAAGAAGAUGGCGGAGAGCAUGGGUGUGGAGUUGCAGCAUGGCGUGUUUGAAGGAUAG